AUGCAACUGAGAACUCUGCGAGAAGGGCAUGGAUCAAGGGUCGGUUCACUUGAUUGGAAUAAUCACAUCUUGACAACUGGGGGAAUGGACAGCUUGAUCACUAACAAUGAUGUAAGAAUAAGAUCCCACAAUGUCGGAACAUACAGAGGACACAGUCAGGAGGUUUGUGGAUUGAAAUGGUCUGCAUCUGGCCAGCAAUUAGCAAGUGGAGGGAAUGACAAUCACAUCUGCAUUUGGAGCAUUUCAUUGGCCUCCUCAAAUUCUGAUACUCAAUGGCUUCACCGUCUGGCAGACCACUCAGCUGCUGUAAAAGCUCUCUCCUGGUGCCCUUUCCAGAGUAAUCUGCUUGCUUCUGGUGGCGGUGUUGGAGAUCAGUGCAUAAAGUUCUGGAACACCAACACUGGGGCGUGCUUGAACUCGGUGAAUACAGGUUCGCAGGUCUGUUGCUUGCUUUGGAAUAAACAUGAGCGAGAGCUUCUGAGCUCUCAUGGCUUCCAUGAUAACCAACUCACCCUCUGGAAGUACCCUUCCAUGGUCCGGCUCAAAGAACUUUAUGGUCAUACAUCAAGAGUGCUCCAUAUGGCUCAGAGUCCAGAUGGGUAUACUGUUGCAUCUGCAGCUGGUGAUGAAACCUUAAGAUUGUGGAAUGUCUUUGGGACUCCAGAAUCGGCAAAGCCUGCACCUAAAACUAAGCCAGAACCAUUUGCUGAUCUUGCCAGAAUCAGAUGA